AUGGGACAGCCACUUGUCUCAUUAGAAAAGAUGAAAAAAUGGAAGAAGCAGUUAUCCGCAUUCCUUCUUGCCUUAGCUAUCGGAUGCUAUGGCCACUACUACAAGAUUGUUAAGAAUGGCAUUGCCGGAUAUCCAGAUGAAUGGUUUCCAAGUGUAAGUGCCACAACUGGAGAUUGGUACCCUGAGCGUAAUAUUUGUCAGAUCUUUAUUGCUUUGACUUCUGGGCCUCGCCUACUAUUGUGCUACCUUUGGUAUCUUUUAACUGUUCGCAACGUCCCCGCUAAUGGUUCAAAGGAACCCCAAUCUCUUCGCUACAGAAAAUUCUUUGCCUACAGCUUCUUUGGCGCAUUGAUUCCUAUGGUUCACUUCUUUAUUCAACAUAACGUCCAUCGCAUUCCUGGAGCUUACACCUAUUAUGCUUUCUUUGAAUGGUCGCUGAUUAUCUCGGAUCUCGCCUUUGAUGCUGUAUGCUUGAUUGACUUCCAGACUUUUGAGCUCCGUAUUGUGGAUGUGGGAUUGAAUGGCAAACAAGAAGACAGUGCCAAAGCUCUGAAUGCAUCAACCUUUCGAAGUCAUUUCCUUUGCCGCGAUGUCUACUUGGGCUUCGUCUUCUGGUCCAUGUUGACUGCACUUCCCUUGAUGAUCUGGUACUUCCCUUUGUGGCACAUGGGUAUCUCUGGAUAUGAGGCUUUCCUGUUCUGUAACCUCAUCUCUGUAUUGUUGGGAAUUAACUUCCUUCGCCGUGGAAUCGAGCGUGCCAAAGGCUUUGUCUCUGACCCUGCUCAUCGAUUGAUGGCUGUCGCUGCUGGCUCCUUAUUGUCUUUGGUCGCCUGGGCCGCCACUCUUUUUGGUCAGCGUCAUCAGAAUGGUCGCGCAGAGCGUGGUGUCUUGACUUUGGCUCUGGGAUUGAUCCUUCACAACGUAGUGAAGAUGGCAUGGUGGGCAAACAACCCUAUCUGGCCAAUCAUGAAUGAGAAUACCGGUGGUCAGAACAUGAUCGGGUUUGCUUUGGGCUUGUUAGCCUCGAUCCAGAACUGGCUAUUGGCUGCUCUUGGUUCUGGUGGCUACCUCUUCUGUCUUCACUCCAUGUUCACAGACUCGACCACCAUUAGCCGCUGGUCCUUGGGAGGAUACCCUAAUACUGGGCCUCAGCCCGUACCUGGUGGAAUGAUGGUAAUUGCUGCUAUGGCUGCAGGGCUUACUCUUUCAUCUAAACGCCGCUGGGUAACUUCGUUGAUCUGGUGGGCCAUCGGAGCAGCCGGGUUAGCUGUCUUGCACUUCAACGAAGGCGAUAUUGGAUUUGCUGGUGGAAUUGUUUUCACUGUCUACGCCCUUUCACUCUUCCCAUCAAUAGUUCAUUCACUGACUCGCCAGCCCCCAGGUCGCACUUUCUUUGUGGGCAUGCUGGUCUAUAAUAUUCUUGCCCUUGCACAUGUCUGGGUUGUCGCUUACGCGUUUGUCCCUGGUGGUGAAGUUCUGCGAGAGCGCACAGACUAUGUUUUGAUCGCCAUGCAGACCUGUAUCCUACUUGGUGUCUUCAACUCUAACUCUAGUGCCUGGGAUGUUCCCUUAGAGACCCAUGCCCGAUCUCCAUUCUCCGUGGCUCGCUUAUACAGUAAGCUUACAUUAGUAGGUUUGGUUCUGGCUUCGGUCGGCAUCUGCUAUAAGCGUUUGCCAAAGUCUUCGCCUCAGCCCUAUCAUCCUGAACACAAACUGAUCACGGCUGGUAUCUGGACCAUUCAUUUUGCGAUCGACAAUGACAUGUACAACAGUGAGAUCCGUAUGCGUGAUGUCAUUAGAGACUUGGAGCUAGACGUCAUUGGUUUGUUAGAGUCAGAUCUGCAGCGCAUCAUCAUGGGCAAUCGUGACCUGACUCAGUUCUUGGCCGAGGAUCUAAACAUGUACGCGGACUAUGGCCCAGGUCCCACGAAGCACACCUGGGGAUGCUCCAUGCUCUCCAAAUUUCCAAUCAAGCAAGUAGAUGUUAUUGUCUCUCAUAAUGGUCAAGAGGAAGAUUUGCUGGAUCGUCAGCUCCAGACCACGGAAUUGGGUCGUAUCAUGCGUCAAGGUCAAGAAAUCUAUGAGCUUUUGAUGGAUGGUGGUCAUGUUCACGAUAUUGAGGUCUCCGACUGGGAUCGAUGGUGUCAAUACCUUGCUUUCCGUGGCGUCAAGCGCGUCGGCUACGCUCGCGUCUCCCAUGGAGGGAUUACUGACACAGAAAUCCAAGUCGGCAAGUACACACUGUUGGAGGACCACCCUACCUCAUGGGAUAAGAGCCAGUCGAUUGAGGAGUUCAGGAAAGAGGAAACCUAUGUCAAGAUCCCAGAAGACCAAGUUCCUGAGGGCUUGCGCUUCCCAUCCAUGUUUUAUGGUGCGGGCAUUCGCAACACCGUUUCCACGUCUUUGAUCGUCCUUACUACUAUGCAUAAAGCUAUAUUCCUUUCUUUGGAUCGUUGGGUUAUUAGUUUAUUACCAUUAUAA